UGUAAUAUAUAGAAAAUAUUAUUUUAAAGUGUUUUUUUUUUGUUUUUUUAAUAAAUUAUAUUAUGCUUUUAACGAGUUUGAGAUAUUUUUUUGGUGGAGCUAUUACUGCAGAUCUUCCUCAGGACUUUAUAGAUGCUAGCCAGUUUAGAGAAAUACCAGAUCAUCAAGAAGUAUUAGUAAAUAUUAAUGAUGAAAGAAGUAUUAUGAUUGAACUUUUAGAAUUUGCUCCGGUAGAUGAUAUAGAUGUCUCAAAAUUUCAUUUUGAUCUUUUAGCUCAAGAUAAUGAAGCAGAAGAGAGUUUAAUCUUAAAUGUAUCAUGUGUUACUUUAGAAAAGAGUGGAUAUACUGUUUAUCUUCUUGAAGGAUUACAAAAAAUAUUUAAAUAUAAUAAACAGUCGGCAGAUUAUGUAAAUAAGGAGGUGGUAAAUCCAUUAUUGGUACCUUAUGUUGCGAUUUUUUUAUCUGUUUUACGUUUGCAUGAAAAAUCUACAGAUAUUAUUAUAUCUAUAAAUAUCCCAUUCUUAGAAAUACAGUAUUUAAGCUCAUUUUUUAAGGAUUCAUCAUUUAAAAUAUCGGAAUUAGUAUCCAGUUCGGAUCUAAAUCAUUUAAAUAUUUUAAAAAAUAUAUUUGAUAUGCAAGAAGUACAGUUUUCAACAAGAGAAACACUUUUGAAUAUUUUGAAUACAUUACAAAUUCAUGAUUGGUCAUUAUUCGUAAACAAUUAGGGCGUUGGCUUGUUUUCUAAAUAAUAUAGUUUAGAUAUAUUUUUAAAUAAUGUUUAUCCAAUAUAAUAAUACA